CCAGACUCUUUUCUUUCAUCCCCAUUCUCAACGCCCGCGUAUUUUACGUUCCACGCGAAACUUUUGGCUAAGCGGACCCGCCCACUUUUUGCGAACGGUUACCGUAAACUUUCAUUAACCUCGGUGGAAAACAAAUUGUUAAAUGUAUUAAAUGUUUCUAAAUAAAAUAUAAAUAUUGACAGUUUUUUAGCUUUUAAUAAUAAAAAGUUUAAUGUGAAGUUUCGUAGUGAUAGUGCCUAAGUAAUUUUUUAGUGAAUUUUUAUGUGAUGUGCUCGUAAUUUUCUUAACGUUCAAGAUGCCGUGGUAUAUUAUAGGAUUAUUUUUAUGGUCUUGUGGACUUCCUGCUGCUUUAAUUCAAGGAUCUUCAUUGACCUAUGGAAUGCAAGCGAAUCUAUUCCAAGCUAUCGGCACUUCGGGGAGUGUGAGUGUGAGCGCCCAGGCCCUCGUAACCGGUAAGGCAUCGCUCCCCUGCGAUUUGACCGCAUCAGCGCCAAACGACAGCGUGGUUUUAGUCGUCUGGUACAAGAACGAACACACUCCGAUAUUCAGUUAUGAUACUAGAGGUGCAUACAAAACCAAGCCGAAACUAUGGACAGAUGAUCGUUUGAAUGGGAGAGCUCAUUAUCAUAUGGUGGUCGAACCUUCUACAUUGAGCAUAGACAAUAUUAGUGAGGAGGAUGAGGGCGAAUACCGAUGCCGCAUAGACUAUUUAAAAUCACCCACAAAGAAUUUACGAGUAUGGCUAACCGUUAUUGUUCCUCCCUCUGCGCCCAUUAUCGUCGAUAGCCAUGGCAAAGAAGUGGGUCAAUAUGCGGGACCUUACGAGGAAGGAGGUGACCUCAAGCUCAUUUGUCGUGUUCAAGGAGGAAAACCGAAGCCGACAAUAAAGUGGUGGCACGAAGGGAAACUGAUCGAUUCGUCGGAUAUAAGCAGCAGGAGCAGCGGUUCGGAGAACGUGCUGUCUAACCAGCUUGCGAUACACAACUUACAGAGGUCGCAUCAGCACGCCACAUUCACUUGUCAAGCUUCCAAUAAUAAUAUCAGUCAACCCCUAUCGGCCACCACAUCUGUCGAUAUUUAUUUUCGGCCAUUGACUACGGAAAUCCUGAGCAGUAAUCAGCCAUUUAGCGCGGACCGAAAAUAUGAUGUUCCUUGCCAAACAUGGGGAUCCAGACCUCCGGCGAAAAUUGCUUGGAUUAUGGACGGCAAAGAAUUGAAGCCUCCGAAGUAUAACGUCACUUUUAAGGAGUCUGACGAUGGUAACUCUAGUAUCUCAACUCUUUCUUUUAUCCCUAUGAGGCAGGAUAAUAAUCGUGCUUUGAUAUGUCGCGCGACUAAUCCAAAACUGAAAAAGGCAUUUCAAGAAACUAGUUUGCAGCUGAAUGUUUAUUAUGCUCCGAUUUUGUAUUUAUCGCUCGGAUCCAACCUAAAUCCGGAAGAUAUAGAAGAAGGUGACGACGUGUAUUUCGAAUGUAAAGUCAACGCGAAUCCGACGGCUUACAAAGUCGUCUGGAAGCACAAUAACCAAUUGAUGCAAGCAAAUCAAAAAUCCGGAAUUAUCAUGAGCACCACAGCAUUAGCCUUACAAGGUGUGACAAGAAAUCAGGCCGGUAACUAUUCCUGUGUGGCUUCUAAUGUAGAAAAUGAUGGAGUCAGCAAUAUUGUUCAAUUGAAAAUUAUGUAUAAACCGAUUUGCCGAAAAAAUCAAAAAUUAAUUUAUGGCGUGGCCAGACACGAGAACGCAAAAAUUUUAUGCGAAGUGGAAUCUUAUCCGCCUCCGGACAGUUUUAGUUGGUCCUUUAAUAAUUCAGCGGAGACUAUCGAGGUCCCUCAAACGAAAUAUAAUUCUGAUGAAUUUCGAUUUUCGUCGACUUUGACAUACACUCCUGUUACUGAACUCGAUUAUGGAACCGUAAUGUGUUGGGCCAAUAACUUAGCAGGAAAACAGCAGGAACCAUGCAUUUUCCAUAUAAUAGGUGCCGGAAAACCAGAUCCAUUACACAACUGUUCGAUUGUAAAUAGGACGAACGACUCUUUGGAGGUAGAAUGCGAUGAGGGCUUUGAUGGAGGUCAACCCCAGUAUUUCUUGUUAGAGGUAUACGACAGGAAAAGUGGCGUCCUGCAGGCGAACGUCUCGUCGAAAUUUCCUUUAUUUAUAGUGAGCGGUCUGGACCCCGGAAAAGAGCUGAAAAUGUUAAUGUACGCGGCGAACAGCAAAGGCCGGAGCGAGCCCGCACUCCUCGAAGGAUUUACGCUGAAACUGGCGGAAAAACAGACAGUUCUCUCGUUGGGCACUCGAGAUCAACUGGAAAUCGCCCCGGUAUUAGGGAUACUCACCGGGAUCGUAACCGUCUUAUUGCUCAUCACUGUCAUUGUGUUGGCCGCCAUUAAGUUACGAGAAAAUAGAAGAAGGGCCCGAGGAUCCGGUGACGGCAGCAGGGCGGCCCUCAGGCCCAGAUUUUUGGCCGUUAAGGAUAAGGUCACCUUGCCGCUAAGAUCCGACUCCGAGGAUUUGUUUGAAAAGGACGAUAAAAAUCCGGACGUCGUGCCUUCGAAUAAAGGAUCUGACUACCAGUUAGGAUCAGCAGCUGAAACACCAGGACUGAACAACUUGGUCAUAUCAGUAACAGGAAAUCAAGUUAAUCCCUUCAAAAGGUCAACGUCUCCUCCUAUCAAUGCUUCAAACAAUUUGACUCCUUUGGCAGAAGCGUACAUGGCCAGAAAUAAGACCAACUUUGAUCAAUCAAAUCCACCGAGUGACGAAGUAGUUUAUGCUGAACUACAACUGACUAGACCGAACUCGUUGGACCCGAUUAAAAAUAGCGCACAACCUGCGUACAACAACCCCGCUCAGCAAUACGCGACUUUGCGAAAAGGUGAGAAAGAUUCGACGAUCUACACUCAAAUCGACCAUGGUCGUAGACCCCCUCCACCUGUUCCAAACAGUCGAACAUCACCGAUCAUCUCUCCAGUGACGGCGAUAUUUCCCAUCACAAAAGGGAUGUACCACAGAGAAGUCGUUACUGUGAGGACGCCCCUGAUGGGAUGUCAGCAAGAAAGUUGCGUUUAAUUUAUAUAAUAAAUAUCUUCGUUUAACUUUUUUACACUUAUGACGUAAGGUAUGUUAGAUUUUUUGACAGUUAUCAAGGAAGGGAGAAGCCAUAGUGUACUUACCUUUAUUUUGUUAUAUUGUUUAUUAUAGUACGACUUCUUUGUGAUAUGUUUUACGGUUGGUAUAUCAUGAUGCGAUUAUUAUUUAAAAUUUUGUCUAGUAAGCAACCCUUUUAUUCUAAGAUAUGCAAACUGUUUAGCAUAGCAAACGGCCCUCAAACAACUUAUAAAGGCUUAAAUAAAUAUUUGUAAAGUUUCGGGGUGCUGUCGUUAAAUUAUGCACAUACUUAGCGUAUAUGCAAAUUAAGUUUUCGUUUCUAUCGAUAUCGACCCGGGGGAAACUUCUUCGCGUCUCUAAUUUGCUUAAACUUUAGGCUCCGAUUUAUGUCUUUCGAACCAAUUUACUUUAACUAUUAGCCAAAUCUGUUUUAUUAUAUUCAGCUGCAUUAUUAGACAACGAUGAACUUGUACAAAGCGGAAAUUCCUUUCUGUAGAAUAAAAAUUAAAUAAAUCUUGACAUUUAAAGCUAUUCAAUUAUAAGGUAAAGUUAAUUAUUAGUCUUAUAUUGUAGUGUAACUUUUCUAUUAUUACUAUUAUUAUUCUCAAAGUUCUAGUCAAUGUUAAUUAUAUAUUAAAUAUUUAUAAGCAAAAAUAGUAUGUAGGGUAUCAUUAAAAUAGAGUGAAAAA